CUUGGCAAGAACCCUCCGCGCCCUCCCCUACCGCCGGAGAGCUGGUGACGCAGGGGCUGUCCCCACAGAUGGAUGGAGCUUCGUGCUCCCACCACUUGGAGUGCUCCAGUGACUGCUGCCUCAUGGACUUGGACCACGGAGGCGAAUUCUGUGCCCCCAAGGGCAGAAAAACCACAGUGUGCUUGCCCCAGACCAAGGGAGCCAUCAACUUCAUAUGCCCCUGCCGACUGGGCUUGAGUUGCAUACCCAAGGACCCGAGCUGUCCCCGACGCUGCUAUUUGAUUUAGAGGACGAUGCGGGUGGUCACUGCCAUCCUCCCCUCUCCCUCGGGCCAGAGGCCUUGGAGUCUCCAUCUUGUUCACAGUCCAG